UUGUCUGCUGCUGCUGGUCGAAGUGCGACAUGAAGCUGAAGAACCUUUCCAUAAGGUUGGGGUCCACGCUUGAAGAGGGAGAUAGAGUCACCAUCUCUGGUACUCUUCCCGUUGUUUCUUGAGCAGUCCCGGUCUCUGUCUGCAGUCCUGAGGUGUGCAGACCAGAGUUGCCGUGUUGAGUUUCUUGGCCGCUGGCACGGCACGUAUCCCUGAAGAAAUGUUCGCUCCAGCAGCGAGGUUGCGAAGGUGACAUAGCGCGUCAACAUUCCCAAAGCAGAUGUCACAAGAGGAAUAACUAGCGACUGCUGUUCUUUCUCAUUCCCAGCUUCUUUUUUCACAUGUUCUCUUCGCCGUUUCGCGUAAUAUACGCCUAGUAAAUUGUAUUACAGUACUUUUCUCAGUUUCUCUCGAGGCGCAGUGAUACAUUCUGGUUCUCUCCCCGUCGCUUUCUGUUGCUCAGGGCAUUCGUUCAGGGGCCUUUUCUCGGGCCAAGCGACCCUUCCGCGCAACGCGCGUUUCCCCAUCAUGGCCGCGGAUCCCGACACCGAGCGCGGCGGGUCGCCGCCGGUUCCCGCGCCUCCUCCCGCGGCCGCGGAGAGCGCGGCGGCGGAAUCUGCGACGUCUGCGGCGCUUCCGCCGGUGCAGGAUACGGCGCAGCAGGCUGUGGGGGAUGCGGUAGUCACGGUGGCGGUAGCGGACGAGAGCUCCCCGCUCCUGGGAGGGGGAGCGCAGGAGAACGCGGGGGAGACGGACGGCUCCGGCCAGGGGGGAGGGGGGGUGAAGGGGGAAGCGGGGGAAGGAGGAGCGGAACCGGUUAUAGAGAAGGGGAAAGGGGAAGAGGGGGAGGCGGAGAAUGCGGGAGAGGAAGGUCGAGAGCAGCCUGCUACUGAGGAAGUGGGGGAAGGAGGAGCGGGGAGGGGCGAGGAUACAAAGCUGGUGCCGCUACUAGCGGAAAGGGAAGAUCCUUCAAAGGAAAUGGUGACGAAGGUUGAGGAGGAGAGGGCGGAGAAGGAGAAGGGGGAGAAGGGGGAGAAGGAGGAGAAGAAGGAGGGAGCUGGGGGGACGGUGGCGUACUGGCAGCUGUUCCGGUACGCGGACAAGUGGGACGUUCUCCUCAUGGUGGUGGGGUCGGUGGGCGCCAUUGGGCAGGGCAUCGCGCUGCCCAUGAUGGCGCUGCUGUUCGGCGACAUGAUGAACGCCUUCGGGCAGAACGCGGGCGGCAUGGACGCCAUGCUCGACCAGGUCGCCAAGGCGUCGCUCAACUUCGUUUACCUGGCCAUUGCGGCUGGUGCCACGGCAUACUUAGAGACGGCAUGUUGGAUGAGCACGGGCGAGCGGCAGGCGGCGCGCCUGCGGUCGCUGUACCUGGCGGCGGUGCUGCGGCAGGACGUGGGGUUCUUCGACACGAGCCUCAGCACGGGCGAGGUGGUGGGGCACAUGUCGGGCGACAUCGUGCUCGUGCAGGACGCCAUGGGGGAGAAGGUGGGCACGUGCAUGCGGUUUUUGGCGCAGUUCCUGGGCGGCUUCGUGGUGGCGUUCAUCUCGGGCUGGCAGCUGGCGCUGGUGAUGCUGGCCACGCUGCCGCUGCUGGCGGUGGCGGGGGGGGUGAUCACGGUGGUGGUGCAGCAGUCCACCAGCAAGGGGCAGCAGGCGUACACGGCUGCAGGCACCAUCGUGGAGGAGUGUGUGGGGGCCAUCCGCACGGUGGCAGCCUUCACGGCGGAGCGCAAGUCGGUCCAAGCUUACGCCGCCCACCUGCACGCAGCAUUCAAGGAGGGCGUGAAGCAGGGCCUGGCGGCGGGCUUUGGCUUCGGGCUGACCAUCUGCGUCAUGUUCUGCUCGUACGCGCUCGCGCUGUGGUACGGCUCCAAGCUCAUCGCCGACAGCGACUACUCGGGAGGAAAGGUCUUCUCCGUGCUGUUUGGAGUCAUCAUCGGCGGCAUGUCCCUUGGCCAGGCGUCUCCCUCCUUCGCGGCCUUUGCCUCGGGGCAAGCCGCGGCCUUCAAGAUCUUCCAGGUCAUCCAGCGCAUCCCCCCUAUCGACAGCUCCAACCCCGCCGGCGAAACGCCCCCCGACUCCGAAGUCAAGGGCGAACUGGAGCUCCAAGAGGUGGUCUUUGCGUACCCGUCGCGCCCCGAGGUGACCAUAUUUAACGGGUUCUCGCUGAGGAUCCGGGCGGGGGAGACGGUGGCGCUGGUGGGGGAGAGCGGCAGCGGCAAGUCGACGGUGGUGGCGCUGGUGGAGCGCUUCUACGACCCGCAGAGUGGAGCCGUGCUGCUGGACGGCCGCAGCAUCGCCGCGCUCAACCUGCGCUGGCUGCGCCGCCACAUGGGGCUCGUCAGCCAGGAGCCCGCGCUCUUCAACGUGUCGAUAAGGGAUAAUAUCGCGUAUGGGAAGGGUGGAGAGGCGUGGGGGGAGGGAGGGGGAGAGGGGAAGGGGAGUUCAGUUAGCGACGAGGAGGUGAAGCAGGCGGCGCGGGCAGCUAAUAUCCAUGAGUUUAUCGAGUCGCUUUCUGAUGGCUACAACACCCUGGUGGGGGAGCGCGGCGCGCAGCUGUCGGGCGGGCAGAAGCAGCGUGUGGCGAUCGCGCGCGCGAUCCUCAAGGACCCGCGAGUGCUGCUUUUGGACGAGGCCACGUCAGCGCUGGACGCGGAGAGCGAGAAGGUGGUGCAGGCGGCGCUGGAAAAGGUCAUGGUGGGCCGCACCACCGUGGUGGUGGCGCACCGCCUCUCCACCGUGCGCGCGGCGGACAGGAUCGCCGUGCUCAGCCGUGGCAAGAUGGUGCAGCAGGGCACACACGAGCAGCUCAUGGCGGAGGAAGGGGGUGUGUAUCUCCAGCUGGUGCGCCUGCAGGAGAUGGCGGGGAGCAGCAGGGGGGGUGGGGAGGCUGGGAGUGACGGGGAGAGUGGGAAAGAGGGUGGUGCGGUGACGGUGGGAAGCAGGUUGGGUGGGGUAACAACAGGUGUAGGGGGUAAGGGGGCAGAGGAGACGAGCAGUGGGGAGGUGGGGAAGGAGGUGAAGGGAGAGAGCUCUGAGGACAGCAGCAGCAGUGAUGAGGAGCAGGAGGAUGAGGAGGAAGGGGUAGCUGAGGAGGUUGGACGUGAGAAAGCCACAGAGGGAACAGAGGAGGGGACAGCGGAAGAAGGAAAGAGAGGAACGGGGAAGAAUGCCAAGGGGAAGGAGAAGAAGGACAAAACGAAGAAGAAGAAGCGGUCCCCGUUCCUCCGUCUGGCCAUGCUGAACAAGCCCGAGUGGCCGUAUGCGCUGUCAGGCACGGUGGCGGCAGCGAUUCAAGGCGUCAUCCUGCCUCUCUUCGCCCUCUGCCUCGCCCGCAUUAUCACUGUCUUCUAUAACCCAGACAAGGCUAAGAUGCGGCAGGACGCGGACUUCUGGUCGCUCAUGUUUGUGAUCAUAGCCGUGGUGGCGUGGGUGUCGCGCACGCUGCAGACGUUCCUCUUCAGCGUCGCGGGGCAGCGCCUCAUCCGCCGCAUCCGCCGCCUGUGCUUCCACUCCGUGCUCCGCCAGGAGAUGGCCUGGUUCGACCGGGAUGAGAACUCGAGUGGUGCCAUCGGCUCUCGGCUCUCCUCAGACGCCACGCACGUGCACUCCAUAGUGGGCGACCGCCUGUCCUUGGCGGUGCAGAACGUAGCAACGCUCAUAGCGGGGCUCAUCAUCGCCUUCUCCUCCUCGUGGCUGCUCUCCUUCAUCGUCCUCGCCCAGCUGCCACUCAUCGCUGCUGGCUCCCUGUUUCAGAUGAGGAGCCUGCAGGGGUUUGCUUCCGAUGCCAAGCAAGCGUAUGAGGUGGCGACACGCAUUGCAUCGGACGCGGUGGGGGCGAUGCGCACGGUGGCAUCGUUUGGAGCAGAGGGGCACGUUAUGGCGCUGUACUGCGCCGCCGCUUCCACGCCCGUCAAGGCGGGGCUGAAAAAGGCGCAGGUCAGCGGGGCGGGGUUUGCCUUUGGGCAGUUCUGUCUGUUUGCCGUCUAUGCCUUCUCCUUCUGGUGCGGGGGGCAGCUCGUCAAGAUUGGCCAGGCUGACUUCCAGUCCGUCUUUCAGUCGUUCUUCGCAGUGGUCUUCACAGCCAUGGGCGUGGCUCAAACCGCCACCCUGGCGCCUGACAUGGCAACGGCACAAGCAGCAGUGAAGUCCAUCUUCAAGCUGCUGGACCGCCGCUCGCGCAUCGACCCAGAGGCGCCGGGGGAGAAGCCGGAGGAAGGCGUGGAGGGGGAAGUGCGGCUUGAGGGAGUGGUGUUUGCGUACCCGUCCCGCCCGCACCUCACCAUUCUACAGGAUUUCACACUCACCAUUCCGGCCGGCAAGACCGUUGCGCUGGUGGGGGAGAGCGGCAGCGGCAAGUCGACAGUGGUGGCGCUGGUGGAGCGCUUCUACGACCCGCAGAGCGGAGCCGUGCUGCUGGACGGCCGCAGCAUCGCCGCGCUCAACCUGCGCUGGCUGCGCCGCCACAUGGGGCUCGUCAGCCAGGAGCCCGCGCUCUUCAACAUCCCCAUCCGCGACAACAUUGCAUACGGCCGCGCUGCCACUUAUGUUCCCAGCGGUGGUGGUGGUGGUGCUGAUGGUGUUGAUGCUGAUGGUCUUCCCAUCGGCGGCCAGAAGAAGGGCUUCUGGCACUUUGGAGACAGCAGGGGCAGCCGUGAUUUCAAGAGGAGCCGCGACUUCAGGAUGAGUAGGGAGAGUGCCGGAAGUGGCGCUGAUGGGGGAGAGGAAGAAGAGCUAGAGGCAGUGACUGAGACGGAGAUAGUUGAGGCUGCUAAGGCCGCCAAUGCACAUGGCUUCAUCUCUUCACUUCCUGAUGGGUAUGACACGCUGGUGGGGGAGCGCGGCACGCAGCUAAGUGGCGGGCAGAAGCAGCGCGUCGCGAUCGCACGCGCGGUCCUCAAGGACCCGCGUGUGCUGCUAUUAGACGAGGCCACGUCAGCACUGGACGCGGAGAGUGAGAAGGUGGUGCAGGCGGCGCUGGAACGCGUGAUGGUGGGCCGCACCACCGUGGUUGUCGCUCACCGCCUCUCCACCGUGCGUGGGGCGGACUGCAUUGUGGUGAUGCAGAAGGGGCGCGUGGUGGAGCAGGGCACCCAUGAUGAGCUGCUCAUGAAGAAAGGCGCGUAUCACUUAUUGGUCUCUGCUCAGCGUUAGUGAAGUUAGCGACUGGUGAGUGGUAGUCCUAGACAGGCCCUACGAUUGGUUUUCGGGCACGCUGAUUUAUCAUCAUAGCCCCAUGGACUUGAGUAAAAGAUUUUGUCAGCCUUUAGUAUAAGAUUUUGUCUGAAAAUUACAGCCUUGGUGUGAAAAUAAACGCUGAAGCAAGAAUGGUGGAUGGAUCA